AUGGCAGAUGGAAAAAGGGCCGCGAAUGCGAUGUUGCCAAACGGACUUGGUGAAUACAGAGGAUUUAACGCGACUAAUAGGUUUCUACCGUUUUCUCUGGUUGGACUGUCUACUGUCGGCAUUUUUCUUUGCGAAAGGAAAUAUGUCCGCCUUCGACCUGACAAUUUCUUCUUUUGUAUCUACUACCUUUCCGAUUUUUUUUCUUUUUCUACUUCUUUUUUUUUCUUCCUUAUUUUUUGUUUCUUUCCUUUACUAUCGUUAUAUACAGCCUCUCCGAUUUUACUCAAUUUUUUCUUUCUUUUUUUGCUUCGUUUUUCGCCUUUCCUUUAUUGUCGUAGUUAUGCUUCUAUUUCUUCUUUUGGAUCUACCGUCUCUCGUAUUUCUUUCUUUUUUUUUCUUUUUUUUUUUUUCGCUCUCUUUUCUACUCUUUCCUUUAUUGAUGUUAUAAAUGUUCUGUUUUCUUCUUUUGUGUCUAAUGCCUCCGAUUUUUUUCUUUACUUUUUUUUUUCUUCAUCGUCUUUCUUAUUUUCCCUUUCAUCCCGCUAUGUCGUCUGGAGAUCGUCUUCUUUUUAA